AUGGCGAAGCCCGUACGACAAUGGGAUCAAACCGCACCAACACUCCUCUGGGCUCACCAAAUUCGACGCGAAAACAUACAUCUAGUCGACCAGAUCGACCGCACGAGGACAGACCUCGCCUCGACAACAACCACCACAAACAAUGUGAAAAAGUCCGUCACGGAUCUAGAGCAACGAAUCCAGGUCUUGAGUUCUGGGGUCGGCGAUCUUGAGAAGAAAUUAGAUCAGGUAGAUGGCAGGGCUACUCAGAGACUUGAGGCUUUAUCUUCGCUACUUGAGUCGUCGCGCGAGGAGAAUAUUCGAUUAAAGGAGAGACUUGAAGGGGCUGAGAAGGUAUUUCACGAUCAGUCUCGUCUGAUGAAGGGGACUAUUCGGGAUGAGGUGAUGGCUGAGAUGCGCAUGAUGUUGGGGCGAGAGCUGAGCUCGAUUCGAUGCGGUGUUGUCGUAGGGACAGGUAUCACCAAAACCACAGAGAACGAACCAGAUCUCGUCCCUGACUCAAUACCCAUGGACGAAGCAAACCCACCAUUGGAACGAAAGUACCUUGAACAACAGCUCACUCAAGCCACGUUUGGGGAUCCUAGCGAAUAUGACGAGCAGUCUUUAUCCCAUGACGGCAACGAAUUGAAACGAAAGCACAAUAACCAACCGGAGACCGACCUUCAUCGUCUCAUGAAGCAGAAUGGGAGGGGCCUCGCUGAGUAUUUCUCAUUUGCAGAAAGCACGCGAAUGAAAUUACCGCCACGGCGGAGAGAAGGGUUGGUCGUUGAAGCUGUUGUAGCGGGGCUUGAUGAUCUAAAAGUUCGAGAUCUGCUGGAGAGGCAAAUGGAUGACGCUGGAUGGUCGUGGGAUGUUUUGGCAGCGCUUCUGCGAGGUAUGGUUAGAGAACAGGAAAGGAAAACGUUCGAUAUCCAGUCCGCCGAAGCAGGGACUGUGCAUGCUACGACAAACGGCACAGCAGUGAAACCCAGACAAAGAAAGAGAAGGCGAUUUAUCCCUAUCGUUCCAGCAGAUGAUGAAGAUGACCUGAUCUAA